AUGUUUCCGUAUUAUAAGCCGAUCGAUCCGCAAAGAAUAUUAUUGGCUGCAUGUCCGAUUUCCCGAGAUAUACCACCACCAAUAUGUGCAUUUUUAUUUACCCAUAAUGAAUGCUCGAAUGCAUUUUUUGCCGUUACUGAAGAUUCGGAAGAAAUGGAACUCAAUCAAUUGUGGAACGAUCAAAUAACUUUAGCAAUAAUACGGCCAGAUUGUUAUUUGGAUUUAUAUGAUGGCGCAAAUAUGACUGAUACACAUCGAGUUUUAGGUGGUGAAAUUAGUGAAGGUAAUAUUUAUGAUUUAUCAUGGUAUGCAUUUGCUAAUCGAACAAGUUCAUUUAUUUGUCAAUGCAAUGGUUUUCAAUAA